UCUCUAGCAAGAGCACAAGACUGAAACUUGGGCGUCCUUUUGAAACUAACGCAAAGAUGGUGCUUAAAGCAGUUUGUGUGCUGAAAGGAGCUGGAGAGACCAGCGGGACCGUUUACUUUGAGCAGGAGAGUAAUUCAGCUCCUGUGAAGGUGAAAGGAGAAAUCACAGGUCUCACCCCUGGUGAGCAUGGUUUCCAUGUCCAUGCUUUUGGAGACAACACCAACGGGUGCAUCAGCGCAGGACCUCACUUCAAUCCCGAAAACAAGAAUCAUGGCGGUCCUAAAGAUGAAGAGAGGCACGUUGGAGACCUGGGGAACGUGGUUGCCGGAGCAGAUAAUGUUGCUAAGAUAGACAUCACGGACGGCAUCAUCACCCUCAAUGGCCCCUUUUCCAUCAUCGGCCGAACCAUGGUGAUCCAUGAGAAGGCCGAUGACCUGGGAAAAGGAGGCAAUGACGAAAGUUUGAAGACGGGCAAUGCUGGCGGACGUCUGGCCUGUGGAGUCAUUGGUAUCACCCAGUAAACAAUCUGCCAAAACUCAGAGCACUGGAAAUAGCUUCCCCCCCACAGCACUUAAUAAGACCAACAUAGCUACUUGAUGUGACAUUUUGUCCUUUUCAAUUCUCUGUGGCUUUUUACUGACCAGUCACCAGAGUAGAUGAGCCAUGCUUUACCCUGUUCCCUCGUUAUGAUAAUUAUAUGUAUAGAUUUGUAUGUCUGCUGGCUAGUUUUGGUCCCAAAGAACCGGUUACGCACAAGUAAUCAACAGAUGUAUACAAUUUACAAAGUUAAUCAAUAAAUUGUCAGCUCAUCUG